UUAAUUUUUUCCGACUAUUUUCCGACCACGACGGUUGAUUUCCCUUCCUCCAGCAAUUUUAAUAGAAUAGUGUGGGUGAGUAAAUUAUUAGUGAGUGGUGGUUUCGUUUCUGAGUGAGAAGAUUGAAGAUUAAGUGAUGAGGGUAUUAGUAUCGUAAUCUUAACCACGCAGAUAAAGGCAGCAGCUUAUGUUCUUUUCUUUGAUCCCUUAAUUCAUUCUAGGGUUUGGGUGUGCAUAACUAGAGCGACGUGAGUGCAAUUUAUGGCUAACCAAUUGUACGGCUACAACUCAAGUUAUGCUUCAGCUGGAGAUGGUGGGACACCAACAUCCUCUUCCUCUCUUCGUUAUCUGGUUGGGUCUUCCGACUCCGAUCACUCUAAGUACGCAUCUUUCUCCUUUUACAACGAUGUAUUGAGGUACUCUUCUCAGCAGUCAUGGCCUCCUGGUGUUGACCCCACUGAUCAGCUCUCUACUCCCAUUAAACGAGCUUCGCAAGCGCUCUAUCAUCAGACUCUUUUGGGUGCCCAUACCACUCUUGGGCAAAGUGAAGCUUGGUAUUCUACCAACUCAUUAGCCAAGCGCCCUAGAUUCGAGAGUACAAGCCAUUUACCUGUGUAUCCACAGAGGCCAGGGGAGAAGGAUUGUGCCUACUAUAUGCAAACAAGAACCUGUAAAUAUGGAGAUACCUGCAAGUUUGACCAUCCUAUUUGGGUUCCUGAAGGUGGAAUCCCAGAUUGGAAAGAGGUUCUGCAUAUUGCUACAAGUGAGUCCCUUCCUGAGAGACCAGGAGAGCCAGAUUGUCCUUAUUUUCUGAAAACUCAAAGAUGCAAAUUUGGUUUGAAGUGCAAGUUUAAUCAUCCAAACGAAAAUUUGGUUACUUCAGUGGGUUUUUCUGGAAAUGCUGACUUUUUCACCCUACCGGAUAGGCCUUCCGAGCCCCCAUGUGCUUUCUAUUUGAAGACUGGAACUUGUAAGUUUGGUGCAACUUGCAAAUUUCAUCAUCCAAAAGAUAUGCAAAUGUCGUCAGCUGGUCAAGAAAAUGGUAAUAGCAAGCAAAAUGAAUCAGUAACUAAUGGAACCGCUGGAGAUCUAUAUGUGCCUGGGCCUGUUGUUUCGUAUACCCCAGCAAUUUUACAUAACUCCAAAGGACUUCCUAUUAGACCGGGAGAAGUGGAUUGUCCAUUCUACUUGAAAACUGGGAGUUGCAAAUAUGGUGCCACUUGCCGCUACAAUCAUCCUGACAGAAAUUCAAUCAAUCCUGCUGCUGCAGCUGCUGCAAUAGGGCAUCCUCUUAUAACCUCCCCAGCAGCUAGUCUGAACAUAGGUGUUGUGAAUCCAGCUGCUUCACUAUAUCAAACUAUUGACCCCAGAUUGGCUCAGCCAACACUUGCAGUUGGCAAUAGUAUCUACCCUCAACGCCCAGGACAGACGGAAUGUGAUUACUAUAUGAAGACAGGGGAAUGUAAGUAUGGGGAAAGAUGCAAGUUUAAUCAUCCUAUUGAUCGGACAGCACCAACACUCUCAGCAACAAAGCAAUCUUCUCAAGAGAAUGUAAAGCUCACUCUUGCUGGAUUGCCUAGGCGAGAGGGUGCUGUUCAUUGUCCAUAUUAUAUGAAGACUGGAACUUGCAAGUAUGGUGCAACAUGUAAGUUUGACCACCCACCACCUGGAGAGGUGAUGGCUAUGGCAGCGCUGCAAGGAACAUCAAUUGGGGAAGUGAAGGGGGAUGAAAAUGAGGCUGAAACUACUCAAAGUCAAGCAGUGAGGUCCUGAACAGGGAGUGGAAGCGAGUGAGGUGCUCCAACAGCCCUGUUUUCUUUUGUUGCUUGUUUUCUCUAAUUGUAUUUUUAGACCUAUUUUCUCCACAAAAACGUUAUACAGUGCUCACAUGUGAACGUAACACGGGGUUUUGUAUAAGUGAUUGUAUGAGUUAGUAUUUUAGUGUAAUUUUUGCUUGCUAAUGUUUUCAAUGUUUCGAAGAAGCUUGUAUUUUUUGUUUUGAGAUAGGAUUCUUUUUUCCCUUUGAAAGUUUGUUUAUUGAAAGUAACGGGAUUAUCAAUUCGAAGGAGCUUGUAUUUUGGACAAUGUUGGGGCAGAGUCUCAGUACUGAAGGAGGCUCGGAGCCUAUUUAUUAUCGAAUUUGGCAUGUAAAAUAUUAGUAC